AUGGCAUCCCAGGUUCUGUUGAUACCGUGGGAUCCCACCUCCCCUGAUCAUGUCGAGCGGAUGGUGCAGCAACGCAUUGCAUGCGGAUGGAGCGUGGAAGACGUUGAAGGAUGGAGAGGUCGCCAAGAAAUUGGGACGUUGAACCUGCAAUGGAUUGUCUUCGAAGACUCAGAACCCGAUCGAGAUGCCAAAUUACUCAAGCAUACCCAGACAUAUCCCCAAGAACAAGAGCCGCUACUUGACUCGGCGAUUUUCUUUGGGGGUAAACCGCGAGCUGUUCCCCUACCUCAAAAAAAGUUUAUCCCAGUUGGCCAUAUUUCCUUGGGCCGUGUCCCUGCUGCCUAUGAAAAUCUCGGGGUGACUAACGAAGAAGGGGCGUACUGGAUCGGAAUACUCUACGUCUCACGUGCGCUUCAUGGAAGCGGAUUGGGACGAAAGACUAUGGACACUGUCGAGAACGUGGCGACUUCAGAGCCGUUGUGUGCUAAAAUACUGGCUCUGAAUGCUAUUACCACUGACGAUCCAGAAACGGUUGAGAAAUAUAAAGCUCUUGGGUUGGAGAUUCCACAGGCGAGUGAUAUUACUCUUCUAUUCUCCAACCACGAAUGGUAUGCUAGGAGGGGCUAUCAAACCUAUAACACCGAGGAAAAGGCGUUCUCGAAGGUUGACUCCACAGGAAAAACCUGGUGGUGGGGUGCUGUGUUUAUGAAGAAGCACAUCUAA